AUGCAGCUUCUCGACAACGCCGUCUACGCCGUUACUGUCCUGGCCACCAUUGCAGCAGCAGUCCCUGGUCCAGCUGCUAGGGGUGAGAAGUUCUCCCUCUUCAAUGCCGAGAAAUCCGUCAUGGUUGAAACGGAACCCUCCGAUGCGAACACCGGCAACGUUUUGCUGUCUUUGACAGAAGGGGACGUUGACUGCAAGGGCUCUGCCUUUUGCGAAAGACUUAGAAGUUUUACCGGGUGA